AUGGAAGCUCCAGUUCCUAACCCCGCUCCUCCCAAGAGCGUGGAGGACCUCUUUUCCGUCAAGGGCAUCGUCGCCCUCAUCACUGGAGGUGGCACAGGCAUCGGCCUCAUGAUGGCGCGCGCCCUCGCCCUCGCCGGCGCCAAGCGCGUGUACAUUGUCGGACGGCGCGUGGACGUGCUCCAGGCGGCGGCGAGCUCCAUCAACCGGCCGUCGGUGGUCGUGCCGUUGUACUGCGACGUAACGUCGCGCGUGAGCCUGGAGAGUGUGGUGUCGGUCGUCGAGACCGACGUCGGCCACCUGCACCUGCUGGUGUGCAACGCCGGGGUCGGCGGCCCCCAGGUGCGUCCGCCCGUGCCGGGGCUGACGGCGCUGGAGGAGUGGCGCGACGAGCAGAUGGCGGUGCGGUGCGAGGAUUUUAAUGCGACGUUCGCGGUGAAUAGUACGAGCGUGUGGUUCACGGCGAUGGCGUUUUUGAAGUUGUUGGAUGAGGGGAAUAAGAGGGAGGGGUGGGGGGGGAAGGGGGAGGGGGUUAGUAGUCAGGUCGUGGUUACCAGCAGUAUUGCUGGGUUCAAUAAGAGCGCGCCGGGGGGUUGGGCGUAUGGGCCGAGCAAGGCGGCGGCGACGCAUAUUGCUAAGUCGCUGAGCGUGGUGUUGCCGACGUGGGGGAUUCGAGCCAACUGCAUUUGCCCUGGCUUGUUCCCGAGCGAGAUGGCGGCUCCCAUUGUUCAGGCGUCCGGCGGCUCCAUGACAGGCGAGAAUAGCACGAUUCGCCUGGACAAAUCCAUGGUUCCGCUCGGCCGCAUGGGCGAUGAAACCGACAUGACUGGCCAGAUCUUGUAUCUUGCCUCGCGGGCGGGCGCGUACCUGAACGGGAACACCAUUGUGGUUGAUGGUGGACGGCUGGGCUUUGGUGGAAGCUAUUUCGGCUCGCCCUCGUUCACAGCAAUGAUGAGGUUGUUGCGUCUUGGCAGUUGCCCCCUGUUGGCUCCCCUGCGCUUGGGUGAUGUGGGGCAGACAGGGCCCCAUCGACGAUUAUCGCCUUGUGAGAUCACAUGA